UAUUGAAAUGCGCAAGAGUAAAAGUGUUGGUUCGAACGCUAAAUGGUCUACCGGGAUUGGUUCAGUGAGGCUGGGUCUGUCAGCAUUUCCAGGGAAGCCACCCAAAUUUUUGGUCAAUUCAUAAAAUUUAUCACGAUCAAUAACUCACGAGAGCAAUGAAAAAAUGUGGAUUAUUUAAAGAAUUGUAUGCUUUGGUUAUCACUCAAAUAUUGUUCAUGUCCGAGUGAAGUGACGUGAGGUUUUUCCAAGAUCACUCAGGCUGCACUUGUUUUCUGUGGUGAAUCUCCAGAACUGGACGUUUCCUUCUCGAUUUUGUUUUAACGUCUACUUGACGUUUCAUUUCGAGGUUUUCUAACAUUCAAAUUACAAACAAACAAAAAAAAUCAUAAAUUAAGCCAAAAAAUAUUGUUAUUUAUUGUAUUUUGUAAGUUUUUCGAAUUGCUGCGAAAAAUCCACAGCGUAGUGACGUGAAACACUUAUCGCGCGCUUUGAGAGUUUUGUGAAUUUUUAUGAAACUGCUUAUGCAGAGUGCAUUUGUGUGAGUGGCGAGGGCACGGGCGGAAAAACGAAAUACAUCCCAUAACGUUGACAGGAAGUAAGAAUAAAUGACGAGAGACUUGGCGCGGUAAAAAGUUCCUGAGUCACGGCUGUCUCUAUGCCGUCCUGGUCAUACGGGCUAGCCAGCCUACUACUAGUUGUGACAUUACUCGUGGUCUCGGUGCGGGCCGCUCCAACGACGAUGAGCCUCGAAAGUAGACGAUUGAGUUCCCCACCGAAAUGGGUGAACCCUUGCGGUCUCGCUGCUGAGGAUUUUGCCGGGGAUCUGGACGUCGUACAACUUAGGGACGAGCAGCUCCUUCGACAGGUUGUGGUCCAGGCGAAAACUGCUCUCGAUCACGCACAGCUCUUUCGCGAUGAUUACAUAAAACGAACCUUCAGCACGGACUUGCAGGACAUGCACACCAAUUGGAAAAACAAUCACUACGAUUGGUUACCAGGCCUAAACGAGAUACCGAAACACCUCGGCGAAAGUCUCGACUCGGAGUAUCUUCAAAAGCUUGAAAUUCGUCUGCUUGAUACCGCACUGUUGGACGCAUACGAAUACAUGCAGAGGUACGCGGUUGGUCUCGAGCAAAUAGUCUGGGACCAGGAAGACCAUCGAUUGGAGUUUCGCAAGCAGUUCAAGGAUACCGAAUUCAACCUGCGGACGGUUCUCUGCGAGCUGCAAGUGGCGUUGGUCGAGCGCGGUGUGACUCCACGACCGGACAUAACACGUGAUGCGAUGUCCAGCGAAUACAGAGAAAUGUCCGGCCAAGAAACUUACCGAAAUCUUCGCGAUUGGCUGAUAUUUCGUGACUACAUGAAUGGUCUCGAAUAUAUCGUACAAGUAUUCGACCAUCUCCGACGUAGUUUGGAGUCCUGAGGAUGGCUCGGCGGAGGCCGGCGGCGGGCGACCAGGCGACGACUCACUCAUCUCAUUAGAAAACCGAUACCUCGUCUGGAGGCCCUCCUUUCGUAGAUAUGCACUCCUGUCAAAGGCAUUCAUAGAAAACACACACACACACACACACACACUCACCCAUACAGGUUUAUGAUUGACAUUGGCAUAUAAUAGUGUAUAUACAUGUCGUUGCAAACUUAUCUGGUGCUGUCAAAUAAGGAGACGUGGAAAGGGAACGUUGAAUUAGCAAGUUUUUCCUCGACGGGUUCGCAGCGUGCAUCGAAUAUUCGGACGAAAAUCAGUGAAUUUUCUGAGUACGCAUGGCAACGUAUGACGAUAGAAAAUUACGACGAAGUUCGAAGAAGGUGUAGCACCGAGAGCGCCAUCGAUACAAACACGCUCCCGAAGCUGUCGAAAGGCGGGAAGGACCUCCGGAAUCAACGACGUAACAUCCAACUUGGUUAUUCCAGUUUUUCCACGCCACCGAUCCACUUUUCCCGUGUUGACUAAGUUUUCGAGCGUUUUUGACUGGAGCGUGAGUGAGAUUCGGAAAGACGAAAGGAAUCGAAAGAUUUCGAGUACUUCCUCCAUCAGAACGAGUGCGCACGUUAAUCUUCGUGAGCACAGUGAAGCUGUUGGCGUCGUAAUACUUAUUGGUCAGCUCGAAAAUCAUCAGCGAAAGAUUUUCAGUGAGAAUUCUUGUUUUGCGAAUAUCAGCACACCGGUGAAAUCGAAUGUGUCAAAAGUUAUCACGCGACUUGCGUACAGCGGCUGGGAUUGCCAAUGUCGCGCGCGACUCCUUCGACCGAGGAGACCUGGGAACCGGAAGUGUACACGAAUACCUUCGGACGCGUACACUCAUGGCUGUAUUUAUACGGACAUAAACAUUCACGUAAAUGUAUUCGUAUACGCUUGCAUACACAUUUGUAUACGUCACUGACUGACAGGGAAAAGACGUAAAUGGUUGAAGAAUAAAAAGGGAAAAGAAGCCUAGGAGAAUGGAGGAAAAGAGAAGAGUGAGAGGAACGAGACGAGUCGAGUCGUUCGAUUGGAGCCCCGCCGGCUUUUGCCGCCUUUGUCAUUCUCUGUGCCGGAAAGUUUUUAUAACAGCCGGUCUAACUAUAUACAAUAUGAAUAUAUAUAUAUAUAUACCCAUACGUAUGGACACACGUAAAGGUACAUGUUGAGAGAUAGAAGCACACACGCCGAAUCCAGCGAUCCAACAUGAAAAAGAUAAUCCUGCACGCACGAAGCUUCCUCAGCGUGAGUUUCAAGAGAGUUUCAAAUGCAUGAGAAAAAAAUAUUAAAUACCCGAUGCAAAUUGAUGUCGCGCAAUUGAUGGUACACCGUCGCCAUUUUCAUGAGGAAAUAACAACGCGCUCUCUUCUGCAUUGGAAAACAAUUGGUGGUCAAAAUACUCGAGUGUUAAACGAAGGACAAAAGUGAGUGAAGAAAGUUUUGGCCGGAGGGACUAUAAGCAUUCGAGGUUUUAACAUUAUACGUCCUUAGAAUUUAAAUGAAUGUACAGUGUUUUUAUUUUAAUUUUUUUUUUUUUUUUUUUUUUUUUUAAUUCCGUUUAAUCAUAAUUUUUUAACAUGAAAUUAAUAUGCGUUGGAAAUAUUUUCCAAUCGCAUUGGAAAACGUCGCGUGAAGUAGAAUAUUCGCUGAAAUUUUAGUAACGAGAUGAAAUAAUUGUAAUUUUAUGGGAGAAAGUGGAAAAAAAGGAAAACUUAGCUACGCGCUUGUGCGAAGCAGAGCAGUUUUUGUAGGUUUCAAAGGUCGAGCCCGGUUUUAUUUUUUUUUUUAUAUUCGAAGUUUAUUGAGUAUUAAAUACGCGUACAGAAUGACGCGUGUUACUGAACCGGAACAAGGCGAACACAUAAAGCUAUUUGAAUUCAAUGUAUUUUGCACUUAAGAGAAAGAAAUAACGAGACGAGACCAAUUGGUCCGAUGCGAGAAAUUUUGCAGACAAAAAAAUCGCUCUCCGAGUGCAAUACACAAAUAAGUUGAUGUGAAAAUGAUUUAGGAAAGAAAAGAAAGAAAAAUCAUUGAAUGGUAGAAGACACGAAUUUAGUUAUUCUAAUUAAUAUUUAUUAAAUAAUAUUAAUACCAUUGCCGUAUUUAUUCAGAUUAUUUAUUUUAUUUUUAUAAAGGCUUUAUACGCUCGACUAUAUUGAAUCUACGUGUUCGAGAUAAACAAUAAAAAAUGGGGAAAAAAACAUCGAAGAAAGUCGAAUGAGCAGACGUCGCAAGAGCGCGAUGCUGAAAACAUAUUUGUAAGCUUACAAUGUUAUAGUAGUGAAAAAUUCUCUCACGAACGUUAGUCGGAAGUCGCACUACCGCAAUGAUCCCCAAUGGCAUCAAUCGGAGCAUUCGGCUGAACGAGAUUGUUCCCUUAAUUUAUUUUUUCAAGAAUAAUCUUAUUAUCUCAAAGAGGUCGACAUCAUUUCAUUUUAUUUCUUUUUUAUAUACGAACGGAGACUUUCGAUUUGUAUUAAAAAAAAAAAUUUUUUUUUAUUCCAUACACCGAUUAUUUUAUGGGUUUGACGACCAGUUCCGUACGAAAAUAUAAUUUCACCAAAUUUUGACAUUCCCUUUUACUGUUGAACAAGAUGAUUGAAAAUUGGGGACCUCAGAGUGACUUCCGAAACUCGCGAAUCUCGAAUUUAGCGAAUGUUUGUUAAGAUGUAGGCAAAUCUUUAUAAACGACUGACUAUUGUCAAUAGUUUUUGUCAUUCUUCCGUCGUCUUCAUAUUAAAACUCUGUUGCACCCUUGAGAUUGUCGAUGAAUCCGAAGCAUUUCCGUGACAUCCUCUGAGACCGGUUUGAAAAAAAACCCGAAACUUUACGAAUUGUUUUCUCUUUGAUGUCUGUUUUUUAUUUUUAUUUUUUAUUUUUUAUUAUAGAAUUUGUUUUGUUACUGAUGAUUCUACAGGACUAUAGUGAUCGCGUAAUCGCCAAUAUUUCACUCUGAUACGAAGGCAUUCGAACCGGUCGACGGAUUACUAAUUAAAAUAGAUAAUUUUAAAAUAAUGCUGUAGCGGCAGCCCACGAGCUUAUUUGUAUAGAUAAUUAACUUAAAAACUAGUGAACAAAGUUCAUUGAACUCGUGUCGAUAAAAUGAAAUGUCUAUAAAUAAAAUUUAAAAUGCAUUAGAUCAUGGUAGCGCACAUCGAAUGAAAAUUUCAAAAAUAAUACAACGAUGAAGAUACGAAAAAAUAAUUCAAACAAAUAAAUGUUACAACAGAAACAACAAUUAGACGCGUCCGUGCAAAGCGUCCUUCAUCGUAUCAUCGCGUCUGUGAUAUAUGCAUGUUAAUAUUCAAAUCUCUUCAAUUCGUCCUCUCAUAAAACUCAACAUCGAUCUAUACAAAGAAUCAUUUGAAGAAAGGAAACAUAAAAUACCAUAAAAAAGCUGUAAUCUGUACACUUUCUUAAAUAUUGAAACCCCGUAGCGUAAUAUAAAAUCGUCAAAUUCUUCAGUCUUUCAAAUCUAUCAAAUACCAUCAUUCAGUGCUCUAUAUAACAACACAUUUCUUUCGUAUCCCAAUCAUUUGUGCAACACCAUCGGCUAUCUGACCCUCGAUCGCCACGAUGUUCCUAUCGGGUAGCUGAUUGAGAUUUUAAUGUAUACGUAAUAUGUUGAACGAAAAGUAAAAUCUACAGAUUGCAUCAUUUUUGUCAUGAAGAAAAAAAAAAAAAAACAAACAAACGUGUGACAUUAUUAAAAACAUGCAAAAAAAAAAAUUACUGAUUAUCACGUUACAAUUUGUGUACGUAGAUGGAUUUCGUAAAUUCGUCAUCAUUAUCAUCAUCAUGUUUAUCAUCGAUGAUUACAGGAAAUUCAAUGAAAAUGUCAGACGUCUAUUUUCAAUGGACUUUCCAUAGUUAAAAAAUUGCAGCUCUGAAAAGUUCAACAUGUGAAGCAAAAAGUAUCUUCACUCUUUGUUGUUGGAAUGAUAAAUAGUGACUGUUAUUACGCAAUAUUAAAGGCACCGAUGAAUACGAGUUACAUUGAAAUAUAACGAUAUGAAAGAAAACAGACAAUAAAACGAAUGUACUACUGACACCGUUGAUCAAGACAUCUAUAUAUAUAAAACUCUAUGAGAAAUAUAAGAAGAGUGUGUAUGUGUCAUAAAGAGAAAAUAUAGACCAGCAGGAGCAGAAAUCUGCGAUGAUACGUGGAACAUGAAAAAUGAAAAGUUGGAAAAAAAUUAUUGUAUAUGUAUAUGUUGACAUAUAGCGUGUAUAUCGAACGGCCCCGUCCCACAGAAUUCCCACUGUGUUGUAUAAUAUUAAACCAAAGAUCGUUCAAUAUCGAAACAGUAA